AUGCAGCCAGGUAAUUGUCGUAUGAACGGAGGUGGUGGACUCGACGGUAUCGGUGGUGGAGGCGGCAGCGGAUCCUCAUAUGGGACGAUCACGCUAGAGGACCUGGAAUCUUUUUCGGAAGACCAACUGUCAGAUUCGGGCAUUGGAAGUCUGGAAGAGGAGGGUGAGACGAUGGAGGACGAAGAGCAGCAAGACAGAUUGCUGAGCUACUGGCAGGACGCUGCUCGGGGACACCAGGUGGAAGUGCCUCGAGGUAAAGCAUUUGCGAUUUAGAGCACACACUGUACAUUUCGAAUUUAGAAAGUAGUGGAUUUUGUAUGGGCAAUUCUCUUGUGACAAUGCUGUAUGGACAGCAUAAACAAAACGGUUGAAACUGUGACAAUUGUGACAACAAUAAGAGUGCAAGGUUGGCUACUUUGUUUUUAUUUCCUGUUUCAUCGAUUGACCUACUUAUGCGCGAGAGAUCAGCCAGCAAGUUCGAACUAUUCCUGUAGUCGACGUCAUCAAGGUGCCUGACGUUAUCAUUAAACGGACACAAAUGACCUAUACUUUUUUCACAAAUAGACAUACAGCCAUCAAAUUGAAACUCAAACCAUUGUCGACGUUAUUUAAACUAUCGGUCAAUGUUGACGGCUGUCAAAACAGUGCAUUGUGGGUAAUUUGCUGUGUCCAAGCCUUGUAUCAGCGCUCAAGACAAUGUAUACAGUCACUCACAUACGGUACUAUUGUAACUAGGCUAGUUAAUGUAUACUAAAAUGUAUUAAACAUUUAUAAUGUACUUGAGCUACAUGAAAUCCUAGGCUGUGAAUAAUGCUAGUGCCAUGUGUAAAAAUGAGGGGCUACAUGUAAUCGUAACCUAGUAAGAUGAGUGCUUGUAGCAUAACAUGACUGAUGUCACUUAACCCCUUUUAAAGCCCCUGAUCUUUUUGCCCCUCGUGACCAGUAGAGGCUCUUUUAAAAUGAUUAACAAACCCUGAUCCAACAGAUGCCCAUUGCCAUUUUGGCAGGCAUUCGCAUGAGGUGCCACUGUUCAUAUGUCUUCAACACAUCAUGCCAAUGACAUUUAAGAAAUGCCUCCAUUAAGAAAUCGUUUUCCUAACAUAGAAAUCUUGAAGAUGAUGACAAGUCCGUGGAAAAUUGAAUUGGGAAAACAUUUAAAUAAAAUAUUCAAUAAAUUGUAUUCAUCCCUGAGGGACAAUAAUUGCUGUGCAUACAAUGAGGAAAAUAGGGCUGGUCAGUAAAUGUUCAGGUCAUCCCCCUCAAGAUUGACCGUUAGGUAGUAAUGUUCACUAACGCCCCAUGACAGGCAAACCAAUACAACUGGAAUGCAUGGAUAGUUUUGAUCCAUAAAAUAAAUACACUUUAAAAAAAUAUGGUACUUAGAAUCCUAACUGAAAGUAUUAACAAUUGAAAUGUUGAACCUACUCUUUCAGCAAAUAACAAAAUAUUGAAAGCAAUGUUUCACGCCCUGAAAAUGGCAUCACUUUUUAAUAACCUACCUCUCAGAAAAAUAUAGCCAGAAUACAGUAAUGGCUGAAAAAUGCCGCAUAUAGCAGGGUUCCCUAAUUGGCUAAACUAAUUGGCUAAACUAAACAUCAGGAAAAUCAGCUCCAAGUGAUUUUUAUUGAAGAAAUCUGUUCCCAAGUAUUCCCACGCAUAGAGAAACGUGAUCGUAUACAAAUGUAAGCAAGGUUUGAAAUGAUUAUGUUUUUGUCAAACUUUCUAUCUGUUUGGCCUUCUUGAGGUCAAUUUGCCAUCUACAAAUUAUUUGUAAUUAUGUUCCGACCGCCCGACCAUCCGCUCAAUAAAUAAAUUGGCCCUAGGCUGAAUCUAGUUGAUGAUCCCUGCCAUAUAGCCUACAAAACCCCAGGUUGAAAGAAGACACUGUUCUGUUUACAACUUGACUAUGGAGAAUGUGAAUAUUUUUGGCCUGAAUUUAAACCCCUGUCUAUGGUUAACAUGAGGCAACAACACUGAGUGACCCAAUUCCCCCUAGCCCUAGAAUACAGAUUGCAGCAGUCUGCACGUACAGUCAAACAAUGGAUAGGCCUCCUAUUGCACACAGAAGCCAGGCGGUUGGUUGUACUGCAACCAGAUUUGUACCCAGAACUGCUUAUAUUACUGAGAGUAAACUGAGCAAAGUUGUUCCUGACAUACUACGCCCUCUGGAAUGCAGCCUGCAGCAAAAUUACAGGGGGCUAAAAAUGUACACUCAGAUUGGGCUGUCUAUGCAGCUGUCCCCAGAGUAAGUCAAAACUUCUGAAUAGUACUACUGCUGUUCAAUCUACAUUCUAAGUAUCCCCUCCACUACAGUCCAGUAGAGCAGUAUGUAUGUAUGUUCAGUAGGGUACAGUAACCCCAUCCUGCAGUCUGGGGUUGUGUUCAGUAGGGCAUACUACUAAAACAUUUUGAAAGGAAACUAGCGGUUCUUAUUGGACAUAUCCACAGCCCCUCCGUGUUUGAGUUGGUUUUCUCCAAUUUAGUGCCUAAUGAACACAACUAGGGCUUUGCGAUAUAUCAAAUUAAUUAGAUUAAUUCUAACAUUUGUUUUUGCGCGAUAUUCCAAAUGCCUAUAUUGUAAGAAUCAAGGUUUUCUGAGCGUUUAUGUCCGCUUGUUCUCAUGUUGUCCAUUUGGUCUCAUCUCCUUCGUGUCUUUUGUGCUGUGUGCAAUACCUUGUAGGCUGUGCACUUUCCAAUUUACACACACACACACCAAGCCACUCACAGAAAAACAGAUAAGAGAUCACUUCUUCCUCUCUGACAAGCGGAUUGAACUCGCUAUUUGCAUUUGAGGUUUGGUCCAACAGAAAAUCGGUCAUAUGGAAACCGAAACACAUUGGAGACAUUAUUUUACUAUAAUAAAUAAUUAAACCUUUCAAACACGCUUUUUAUGUUUCAACUCCUCAAAUUGCGCGCAGAACAGACCCUACUAAAACAAGAGUAUCAAUGAACAGAUUCUGGAAAAUGUAUGAUCGGUUUGUCACGCGCGGUUCCGCUAGCAGCAUUUUAGCCAAAGACUGUUAUGCUAGUUGUCUAGUCUGUGUUUUAUAAAUGAGCAAUAAGCAUAAAACAGAAUUAUAUAAGGUAUUGGCAAGUCGUUCUCAUUCUGAGAAAUAAGGUAGACCACUUGAUUUCAACAUUUGAAGAAAGUGGACAGGCUAACAUGCUUUUCAAACAGUUGGAGACAGACAGAAGGAUGUGUUCAUAACAAUUCAACUGUUCUACCUUGUUAGCAAAUAGAUCCAAGUUGGCUAUACAUGAAAUAUGAAGAUUAGCUGGCUACUCACUAGCACAUGGGCUUGUGCUUGAGUGUGAGACCUGUGUUAAUUUUCUAUAGCCUAAUGCCUGCUACAAGAAGUUAGUCAUUAUUAUUGAAUGUGCAUUAUGCAUGGUUCUGGUUAAAUUUGUAAUAAAAAGGCAUUUUCAUAACAGGUUAAACUAUUUAAAUAUAAUAAUUAAAUGAGUGGGUUUUAUGGUUGUGGAAGGCUUAUAUUUAGCCUAGGUAUAAUUUCACAAGCUCUUAAUUCAUUAGAUUAUUGCUGACUGUCUGAAAUGCAGUGUAUUUGACCUUUUUAAAUUGUACAAGAAAGCUUAUUUAGGGUAACACUACAUGACCAAAAGUAUUGAACAUCUCAUUCCAAAAUCAUGGGCAUUAAUAUGGAGUUGGUCCCUCCUUUGCUGCUAUAACAGCCUCCACUCUUCUGGGAAGGCUUUCCACUAGAUGUUGGAACAUUACUGCAGGGACUUGCUUCCAUUCAGCCACGAGCAUUAGUGAGGUCGGGCACUGAUUUUGGGUGAUUAGGCCUGGCUCGCAGUCGGCGUUCAAAUUCAUUCCAAAGGGGAUUGUCAUGCUGAAACAGGAAAGAGCCUUCCCCAAACUGUUGCCACAAAGUUGGAAGCACAGAAUCGUCUAGAAUGUCAUUGGAUGCUGUAGCGUUAAGAUUUCCCUUCACUGGAACUAAGGCACCUAGCCCAAACCAUUAUUCCUCCACCAAACUUUACAGUUAGCCUAUGCAUUCGGGCAGGUAGCGUUCUCCUGGCAUCCACCAAGUGAAGCGUGAUUCAUCACUCCAGACAACGUGUUCCACUGCUCCAGAGUCCAAUGGCGGAAGCUUUACACCACACCAGCCAACACUAGGCAUUGCACAUGGUGAUCUUAGGCUGCUCGGCCAUGGAAACCCAUUUCAUGAAGCUCCCGAUGAACAGUUAUUGUGCUGACGUUGCUUCCAGAGGCAGUUUUGAACUCGGUAGUGAGUGUUGCAAACGAGGACAGAGGAUUCUUACGCGAUUCAGCACUCGUCGAUCACGUUCUGUGAGCUUGUGUGGCCUACCAGUUCGCGGCUGAGCCGUUGUUGCUUCUAGAAGUUUCCACUUCACAAUAACAGCACUUACUGUUGACCGGGGCAGCUCUAGCAGGGCAGAAAUUUGACGAACUGACUUGAUGGAAAGGUGGCAUCCUAUGACGGUGCCACGUUGAGUCACAGCUCUUCAGUAAGGCCAUUCUACUACCAAUGUUUGUCUAUGGAGGUUGCAAGGCGGUGUGCUCAAUUUUAUACACCUGUCAGCAAUGGGUGUGGUUGAAAUAGCCAAAUACACUAAUUUGAAGGGGUGUCCACAUACUUUUGUAUAUAUCAUGAAUCACCCAUAAGUUUGAAAAAAAAUCAAGACAUGAUUAUUAGGCUAUAUCGCCCAGCGCUAAACACAACCCAGGUUGAAGUAGGCUAGUGUCGGAGCCACAGGGUAGAAAUAAAUGCCCUUUUGGUUGGACGUGUAGGCUGCUGAACAUUGAGUGAUGAGGACUGGUAAAUGAAGUUAUGGUAUGCUGCUUAUUGAGUUCCAGUUAGACUGGGGCUGGGGCCCCCACCUGUUCGUUCUCUCUCCUUCCCACUAACUAAUUGGAGACUUAGCAUGGAGCCACCGUUGAGGCAUUAAAGGCUUAACAGAUGAGCUAUAGCCUAGCCUGCUCUGGUUAAGGGAAAGCUUGGGCUAUUAAAUCCUGUCCUGACAUACUGUGGGUUACAAUGUUGAACAGUAAACCUCAGCCGCCCCCACACUUUGUACAAAGUGGAAAUAUGCUUAUUGACAUUUCUGAUAACAAAUAUUAGGCUAUACUGUACUGUAGCCUUGCACUCACAUGAACAAUACCCCUUCAUACACUAGAGGUCAUUUGUUAGGGAUUGAGCGCUCAAUCACACUAUUGGGCUGCAGUCAGUUAGGCUUAUGGUUACAAAUUAAAAGGAGAAGUUGAAGCAGAGCUCAUACGUGGAUUAUUACACGGCUACAACAGACCUUUUGUCUAGUAGAACAUUUGGUUUUGUAUUCAGUUAGCGCAGUAUGUAUUCAUUCAGAUCUCAUUUUAGAAGUAAUGUUCUCUACCCUGACACUUGUUUAAACCAUGUCUGAUGAAUACCAAGUUUAAAAAAAAUAUUUUAAAAAAUUUGCAAUUGCAAUAUAAGGCCCCACAAAAAAUAGCAAUAAGAUAUUUGGUCCGAAUUGUGCAGCCGUACAGUAUUUACUAAAAUCCGGUAUAUAGGGCCCAGCCCUAUUCUCUCGUGUUAGUGGGCACUGGGCAUAACUGUAAUCCAUGCCCAUCCCUCCAGUAAGUCGUGACGAACUCACUUACAAAACUCAGUUUUGGACGAGACUGACUUUAUGACAAAUGAUCCUAUUUACACUUUGUAGUCAAUUGUGAAUGACGUCAUUACUGGUUUUUGUAUUAGUAGCUACUUUAAGUAAAUACCUGUCGACUUAUGCAAUACGUUAGACAGGUCACAUUUUUCAUUAUGAAGCUUACCGGUAGUCCCCAGUCACAUGGUGUUUGUUUACAAGCACACAACAACGAGAGAACGGAGCCUUGCGAGUCACUCACUGUUGUGCAGCAUGCGCCAGGUGAUGUAGUUAAUAUGGAAUUCACAACUAAAAUGUUUGCCAGCUAGAUAUCUUAUAACUAUUAAGUUACCUGUCUAAAAUGUUCGAAAUGCUCUGCAGUUGUGCAUUUGGUUUGCUAAUUUAGUAGCUAGUUAGCUAUUUUGCUAAGUGGUUAGCUUCUUCCCAAAGCAAGCUUUGUUUGGUAACAGCAGAGAAUCCCCCUCCUGGAUCAAGAGCCUUGCUGUCUAAUAUUUGUUUUGUGCGUGCAGCAAACUGUGAGUAGCAUUUUAUUUUGUUACUUGUAUAACUUUAUGAGCUGGGAUGUCUGUCCUGCAAAUACUUUAGGUCAGAACUGUAAAGAGUUUGAAAUGCACUUGUUAGCAUUCUCUAAGGGAUUUUACAUGUACUUGUUAGCAUUGCUAACCUUCGGAUUCCAGAGGCUCAGUGGGGUUUGGAAAUAGCGCCCCUUGUGUUCAGUGUAUUACCGAACAUCCCGGGAUGACCAUCUGGAUACAGUCCAAGCCUAGAGAUUUACCAUUCAAAUACAUUAUUACCAUUGUGUUAUGUAGUUAGAUUGUUUUUACCAAAGUCAUUGUAUAAUUGGUUCAUUAAUGCAUACAUGGCUGCCUCUGAAAAAUUCUGACCUAAAACAUUUCAAAUGUAAUGAUAUUUAACUCAAAAGAUGCCCAACGAUUGAACAGAGCAGUAGCUGAGUUUCUGCCUGGAUUAAGUGACUUUGGCUAAUAUGCCUUCUUUUUUUGCUUUUGUAUAGUUUUGGUAUCGAGUAUUGUGAUCGUAUCGGGUAUCGUGUUACUAAACCUGGUAUUGUGACAACACUAAUCCCGGGACUGCCCAAGCCUACUGAACACUAUAGGCCAGGGGUUCGGCCCACGACCUCAUUUUGAUCUCUGAAAAUUCUCGUGACCCCAACCAUGUGAAAACAACUAAUGUAAUUAAUAGCCAAUGUUUACUUUUUGAUUUGGGGCAAUGGCAAUUAAUUGAAAAACAUGAACAGUAUUUCUGAUUGUCUUCUCAACUCACCAUCAUACUUUUAAAUGUGGGGCUAUGACAGUCAAUUGCAAAUUAGUCUGACGUAUCUUAUCUCACCACCACUAAUGAGAUGGGUGUGCUUGAUGCAUGUCGUGUAGGAGCUUUCCAAAGUUAGGGGGCAUGGCCGACAGUGUGCACCUCAUCUCUGCUGUCACAUCUAACCUAUUUGGUUUUAAUGCAGAUAAGCGCACUGAAUCCAGCUUCACACAGAUAGGAACUGGCGAAGGGUACCAUGAGUUUUAUGGCGCUUUCAAGACAACUGGGAGCUCUGAAAAAUACGAGGUCAAAUCAUGACGUCACUGAUCUUCAGGUCGGAAAGUCGGAGCUCUAAAAUGAGGACCGUGUUGGAAUUCUGAAUUGGAUGACCGUUCAAAAGAUUUUUCCCAGUCGGAGCUCGUUUUUUCCCUCCGAGUUCCCAGUUGUCUUGAACGCUCGGAAGUCAGAGAUUUCCGAGUUCCUAAUUCCCAUUAGUUUUGACCGCUGCAUUAAUGCUCAGCGGGAGGUGGCAGGGUAUUCCCUUUAAAUCAAACAAAAACUCCUCAAUAGUGCCCUGUGAAUGCGUUGUCAGCAGCAUUCGGUCACAUGACAGCUCGAUCAGCUGUUCGAUUUCACUUACCGGCAUGUCAAACAGAUUGGGAAGUAGGGAUGUAGCUCAGUUGGUAGAGCAUGGCGUUUGCAACGCCAGGGUUGUGGGUUUGAUUCCCACGGGGGGUAUGAAAAAAAUAAAAUAUGUAUGCACUCACUAACUAAGUCGCUCUGGAUAAGAGCGUCUGCUAAAUGACUAAAAAAUUGUAAAAAUGUAAGAAAUGUCCCAAAGUGCUCUUUCAAGCUUUGGAGGUGAGCAGUCAUCACUCGUGUGGGAAACUUACGGAUGCUGUUUUCUGUUAGAAACAUUCACAGCUGAAGGAAGGGGGGCAUGGUUCGCUUUUGAAAGACUCUCUCCAAUAAGAAUUCUUUAAUCUGAUCUGAAUCCACUGACCCUAGUCAAUCAUCUGUAGAAUGUUUUUGUAUUUCCCCUGCAUGCUUGCGUUCAGUUCAUUUAGUUUACCAAAUAUGUCUGUUACAUAGGCAAGGAGACACAUUUUCUUAAACAGAACGUCAACCAAGUCUUAAAGGUUCCUCUCUUAAUGUGAAAAAUAUUUCCAACACUCCCCCUCGAUAACCACCAAGCCUCGGUGUAAAAUAGAACAUUGCCAUGCUCUGAUCCCAUAUCUCCACAUAGUUUUGUGAACAGAAGUGCGUGCAGUGGAUGUAGUUUGAUGUAGUUUACAAUCGAAGAUAAUUAUUUUGCCGCCAGUUGCUCUCGGUGUAUCAUACAAUGUGUCCAUAUGGCAGAGGGAGACACAUUCAUAACUAGAGCGCAGAGGCCUGCCCGCUGUCCUACCAUAGAUGGAGCCCCAUCUGUGCAAAAGCCCACCAUUCGAUCCCAUGGAAUCAGUUUUUCGUCAAUAUAGCCACGCAGCACACUGAACAUCCCCUGUGCGUUUUUAUGCUUGGGAUUCGUGAGACCGAACAAUAUGUCCUUGUGAAUAGCAUCCCCCGACAUGUAUAGCAAACAAAAGUCAAUUCAUGGGCAUCUCGGCCCUCACAGCUAACGUCCAUUUGGAGAGCAUAAGCUGGGUAGUUUGAGUCGUUCAGAGUUUCCUCUUGAUUGCUAGCAAUAGCAUAAAUUGUUUAACAGUGUUAGCUGACAAAGGUAUUGAUUUGAGUUUCUGUGCCUCUGCACAUUGUUUUCACCAUAUCAAUUGCGGCCGGUAAUAUCAAAGUCUCUGCAAUAGUGUGUGGUUUCAUAGCUUAGUGGGCCUAGCCAUUCACCUUGGGAAUGAUUCAUGUGCAAUGGUCAAGUACAGCCUUUUCCCAUUAUCUAAUUUUAUCUUUCAGAUUUGAAUAGUUUUCGAUUUUUAAGGUUAACCACAUUAAUGAUUUUGAGAUACAAAGACGAUAUUAUAAUAUAUAUUUGUGUAUAUUAUUCCCCUUCAGGAUUUUGAAAAUUCUCCCACGACCCCAUUUUUAUAUCGGGCGACCCCCACAUUGGGUCGCGACCCCUAGUUUGGGAACAGCUGCUAUAGUCUAUAGACUGCAAUAGGAAACCAAUACUUCUUGUACUACUACUAGCUACAGUCAUGUCAUAGGGGUCUAUAUUUCAGUGCCUUUGCCUUUACUAGUUUGACCUUUAUUAGGCAGAUUGCCAGACAAUACGUUUUUCUGAAUCUAUGGAGCCCAAAUCAGGAUCGGAAAUGUAAGAAUGGGCUGUUUUGUUAGUAGCACUACAGCAUUGUCAACAAGCAUACAACCCGACUCCACAUUUGUUGUACUUGAAGGUAGGGUUGAAAAAUUCCUCACUCUUUCCCAAAUCGUCUGAAGGUCCCGGACUAUGGCGACCCUACUUGAAGCAACUCAAUAAAAAUGUACCAAGUCUUUGUUUUUCUCUCCAAAACAGACAUGGCCGAGCCCAUCCAGCAGAUCACCAGCAACAACGACGGCCAACAUGACCGGGAGCGCGUGCCCUUCACCCUCAUCACUCGUAAGGAGAAGGCAAGUCUAUCAUCGUGACAAAUUCACCAACAAACAAUAUCUACUCUGCCAGCCAAGCAAUAAGACUCAUUGUAAAAUGUGUGGUCCUGUUUGGCUGAAGGGAUCACACAUACUAAAAAUGUAUGCACACUAAGUCGCUUUGGCUAAAAGUGUCUACUAACUGGCAUUUAUUAGGCCCUUCUUAUUAUCGGACAAUUCACACUAAAUUGAAGGCAAUUUCAAAUGAAAUCCGAUUUUAUUUGUCACAUGCGUCGCAGAAAACAGGUGUAGACUAACAGUGAAAUGCUUACUUACGGGUCAAUUUCCAACAAUGUAGAGUUAAAGAUAAGAUACAAAAUAAAAGUGACACGAGGAAUAAAUACAGUGAAUAAUGAACACAAAUGAGUAAAAAUAACAUGGCUAUAUACAGGGAGUAGAAAAUAACAAAGCUAUAUACAGGGAGUACCAGUACAGAGUUGAUGUGCAGGGGUACGAGGUAACUGAGGUAGCCGUGUACUGUACAUAUAGGUAGGGGUAAAGUGACUAGGCAACAGGAUAGAUAAGACAGUAAGUAGCAGCAGUGUGUGUGUGUGUGGCGUCAGUAUACAAGCACACUUUCAAUUUGGUGUCUACUACAGUAAGUUUGCAUCAGUUGAAAUGCAAACAUCCUUCAAGGAACAGUGUGAUCUAGGCCAAUUUUUUGCCCCAAGCCUGUACACUUGUAGGACAGUUAAAAUAAAUUUUCAACUUCAUAUUCAUCAUCGCCAGCACCACCCAAGCAUCAACAUGUGAAAAUGUUAUAGUUUCUAGGUUUUGAAGUAAAAGAGAUGGAGGAAUAUGAACAUUGUGUGAUUUAACCAAUUAUGAGUAGGCAUUGCAUACUAAUUGAAAACACUCUAGCUUUUUUACUACAAAACAUAGAAACGCGCCAUAUUCACAUAAAGUUGAAAUCGGAAGUUUACAUACACUUAGGUUAGAGUCAUUAAAACUCUGGAGGAAACAGGUACAAAAGUAUCUAUAUCCACAGUAAAACGAGUCCUAUAUCGACAAACCUGAAAGGCCGCUCAGCAGGAAGAAGCCACUGCUCCAAAACCGCCAUUAAAAAAUCCAGACUAACGGUUUGCAACUGAAGCACGGGGUUGGCAGCAUCAUGCUGUGGGGGUGCUUUGGCUGCAGAGGGACUGGUGCACUUCACAAAAUGAUGGCAUCAGAGGAAGGAAAAUUAUGUGGAUAUAUUGAAGCAACAUAUCAAGACAUCAGUUAAAACUUGGUCGCAAAUGGGUCUUCCAAAUGGACAAUGACCCCAAGCAUUCUUCCAAAGUUGUGGCAAAAUGGCUUAAGGACAACAAAGUCAAGGUAUUGGAGUGGCCAUCACUAAGCCCUGACCUCAAUCCUAUAUGAAAAUGUGUGGGCAGACCUGAAAAGCGUGUGCGAGCAAGGAGGCCUACAAACCUGACUCAGUUACACCAGCUCUGUCAGGAGGAAUAGGCCAAAAUUCACCCAACUUAUUGUGUGAAGCUUGUGGAAGGCUACCCGAAACGUUCGACCCAAGUUAAACAAUUUAAAGGCAAUGCUACCAAAUACUAAUUGAGUGUAUGUACAAUUCUGACCCACUGGGAAUGUGAUGAAAUAAAUCAUUCUCUCUAGUAUUAUUCUGACAUUUCACAUUCUUAAAAUAAAGUGGUGACCUAACAGACCUAAGACAGGGAAGUUUUACUAGGAUUAAAUGUCAGAAAUGGGGAAAAACAGAGUUUAAAUGUUUUUGGCUAAGGUGUAUGUAAACUUCCGACUUCAACUGUAUGUUGGGGUGGUGCUAUAGAUGAUGAAUAUGAAGUAGAACAAUUGUGGAAUUUCCCUUUAACUCUCAUUAAGUCAGCUGUCAACUCCUAGCUGAACAUUUGUACAUUUACAUUUAAGUCAUUUAUCAGAUGCUCUUAUCCAGAGCGACUUACAAAUUGGUAACAUCUGGUUGUGGGGGAGUGGAUGGGGAGGGGGGGUUAGGCUGAGGCAGGGUGACAGUUCAGGUCACAGUGUUAUGGCUCAGAGGGCCUGAGAAGUGGCAAUACGCCUGCUAAGUUCACCAAGUUCAUGCUAAAUUAAAAUAUGAUCCUAAUAAUUUCCACCACCAAGGGGUCAUCAAUCAAUCCAGUCAAUAGCUAAAGAUUACCCAAGUCUUAACAAAACACACAUGGCCAAGACCACACAUACAUACUUGACCUCAUAGUACAACUGUGGAAUGAGGUCAUAUUCAGCCUUCAAGGUUUGAGGUACACUAUAUAUACACACAAAAGUAUGUGGACGCCCCUUCAAAUUAGUGGAUUUGGCUAUUUCAGCCACACCCGUUGCUGACAGGUGUAUAAAAUUGAACAAAUAGCCAUCCAUAGACAAACAUUGGCAGUAGGAUGGCCUUACUGAAGAGUGGCACGUCAUAGGAUGCCACCUUUCCAGCAAGUCAGUUCGUUAAAUUUCUGCCCUGCUAGAGCUGCCCCGUUCAACUGUAAGUGGAGCAACAACGGCUCAGCCGCGAAGUGGUAGGCCACACAACUCACAGAACGGGACCGCUGAGUGCUGUAGUUCGUAAAAAUCAUCUGUCCUCGGUUGCAACACUCACUACCGAGUUCCAAACUGCCUCUGGAAGCAAUGUCAGCAUUGUUCGUCGGGAGAUCCAUGAAAUGGGUCUCCAUGGCUGAGCAGCCGCACACAAGCCUAAGAUCGUCAUGCGCAAUGCCAAGUAUCGACUGGAGUGGUGUAAAGCUCGCCGCCAUUGGACUCUGGAGCAGUGGAAACGCGUUCUCUGGAGUGAUGAAUCACGCUUCACCAUCUGGAGGUGAAAAAUCUGUCGAUGUGCCCUUGAGCAAGGCACUUAUCCAAAGCGACUUACAGGAGCAAUUAGGGUUAAGUGCGUCUGCUAAAUGACAAAAAAAAACGAUUCUGUGCUUCCAACUUUGUGGCAACAGUUUGGGGAAGGCCCUUUCCUGAUUCAGCAUGACAAUGCCCCCGUGCACAAAGCGAGGUCCAUACAGAAAUGGUUUGUCAAGAUCGGUGUGGAAGAACUUGACUGGCGUGCACAGAGCCCUGACCUCAACCCCAUCUAACACCUUUUGGGAUUAAUUGGAACGCCGACGUUGGCCUAAUCGCCCAACGUCAGUGCCCGACCUCACUAAUGCUGUUGUGGCUAAAUGGAAGCAAGUCCCAGCAGCAAUAUUCCAACAUCUAGUGGAAAGCCUUCCCAGAAGAGUGGAGGCUGUUAUAGCAGCAAAGGGGGGACCAACUCCAUAUUAAUGCCCAUGAUUUUGGAAUGAGAUAUUUGAUGAGCAGGUGUCCACAUACUUUUGGUCAUGAAGUGUAGAUAUCCUUGAUUUUAUGGUAUUUUCUUACUGAACAAGAAUGAGGCCUUGCCCCACCACCAAAAGGCAGAUAGUGAUGAAACAGAAGUGAUUAAUAAAAGGAUGACAACCAAAUUCCGUCGUCUGAUCACUCGCCAUAUUAAAGUUCCCCAAGGACUGAACACCGCUUCUGCGGUUUAUCAUGUUUAAAAAUCCUGGUCGCAGUGCCAACGCAUUUUCACUAUCACUGUCAAUGACAACCACAUUUCUGUUGAGACGUGACACAAAAGCCAAGUUGUGUUUACAAUAUGAUUAAUGCCGAUGUAACAGGGAUUGCCAUUUUAUUUUGGACAGGGGAAUAAAGACAAUCCCCUCAGCCAAUUCAAUGAGCCUCUUAGUCACUUGGGGAAAGUAAAAAUAAAAUGGUCCAACUGGCUUACCUCAAGUCAGUUAGGGGGUUAACUCUACUCUCUGGCCAAGCCCUAAGGUCGAUGUCCGCACAGAAAUCUAAUUGGCAUAAAUCAAUCCCCAUAACAAUCCGUCAGUUUAAGCGAGAGAUCAGUUUUUUUGCAUUGGAUGCCGCACUUCCACAUCUGCGGUGAAAGGUGACAGAGAUAGAGCAGUGUUUGUGAGACCAUGAGACAUCCCGAAAAUCGGUCUUCUCACAAAUUGUCUGUAGCGUCCGAACAGUAUGGGCUACACACUAAUAUGACCCCUCUGUGAAAAGGCGACCCCUUUGCUCUAGGACGGUUGUUUUGCCCACAGGCCUCAGGACUCGUCUGAAGGUCCCCCGGUACCAGUUGGGGGAAAAAUGAAUGGAAGUAUAUAUGUUUUAGUGACAAAAAAAUUAAUAAAAAAUCCAGAUCUUUCUUAUCUCAGAUAUAGGACAGACACUUCAGAACAAACUUCCUUUAGAUUGUUUUGGGGGGGGACUGUUAUUCCAUGUAGUAAAUCUUAUUCAAUGCGUUUGUAUGGGCUAAAAUAAUAUAAAAUAAUAGAGUGCAUUUGGAAGGUAUUCAGACCCCUUGACUUUUUCCACAAUUUGUUACGCUACAGCCUUAUUCUAAAAUAGAUUAAAUAAAAACCAUUUCCUCAUCAAUCUACACACAAUACCCCAUAAUGACAAGCGAAAACAGGUUGAGAAAAAUAAUAUUCAGACCGUUUGCUAUGAGACUCUAAAUUGAGCUCAGGUGCUUCCUGUUUCCAUUGAUCAUCCUUGAGAUGUUUCUACAACUUGAUUGGAGUCCACCUGUGGUAAAUUCAAUUGAUUGGACAUGAUUUGGAAAGGCACAUACCUUUCUAUAUAUAAAGGUCCCACAGUUGACAGUGCAUGUCAGUGCAAAAACCAAGCCAUGAGGUCGAAGGAAUUGUCCGUAGAGCUCCGAGACAGAAUUGUGUCGAGGCACAGAUCUGGAGCAUUGAAGGUCCCCAAGAACACAAUGGCCUCCAUCAUUCUUAAAUGGAAUAAGUUUGGAACCACCUAGACUCUUGGCCACCCAGCCAAACUGAGCAAUCGUGGGAGAUGGGCCGUGGUCAGGGAUGUGACCAAGAACCCCAUGGUCUCUCUGACAGAGCCCCAGAGUUCCUCUUUGAAGAUGGGAGAACCUUCCAGAAGGACAACCAUCUAUGCAGCGCUCCACCAAUCAGGCCUUUAUGGUAGAGUGGCCAUAUGGAAGCCACUCCUCAGUAAAAGGCACAUGACAGCCCACUUGGAGUUUGCCAAAAGGCACCUAAAGGAAGCAUGGUGAAGCAUGGUGGUGGCAGCAUCAUGCUGUGGGGAUGUUUUUCAGCGGCAGGGACUGGGAGACUAGUCAGGAUUGUGGGAAAGAUUAACGGAGCAAAGUACAGAGAUCCUUGAUAACCUGCUCCAGAGCACUCAGGACCUCAGACUGGAGCGAAGGUUCACCUUCCAACAGGACAAUGAACCUAAGCACACAGCCAAGACAAUGUAGUAGUGGCUACGGGACAAGUCUCUGAAUGUCCUUGAGUGGCCCAGCCAGAUGCCGUACUUGAACCCGAUCGAACGUCUCUGUUGAGACCUGAAAAUAGCUGUGCAGCGACGCUCCCCAUCCAACUUGACAGCUUGAGAGGAUCUGCAGAGAAGAAUGGGAGAAACUCCCCAAAUACAGGUGUGCCAAGAAGACAAGGGCUGUAACGUAAAACAAAAUGUGGAAAAAGUCAAGGGGUCUGAAUACUUUCCGAAUGCACUGUAUAGUCGAGUGGUUGCGGCUGGGUUAUUAGGAAUUGCGGGUGAACAAACAGCUGAUCCGCACAUCACUAAUAGUGACCCAGCCAAAUGCAUGAGCCUGAGCCUUUGUUUCUGUGUGUGUCUGUCUAUACAGUGUGGGGACGUGCUCUAUGAGAAGCGUCACUAUGAGAAGGCCCACUGGGCGUGCAUCACGGUUCACGAGGACACCUACGAGCAGAGCAUCUGCUACGGCUUCAUGAAGCUCAUGAGAUACAUCUGCCAGCAGAACUCCUCAGGUGAGUCCCAAAGCAGCGUUUACAGGAGUCAUUGAAUCUAUAUUCUUCUAAAGUCAUCCUUGUUUAGCCAAAUCUACUGCAGACUCUUGGUUGUUCAUGUCCUGUCCCUUAGGUACCUAUCUGGGUAUGACCAUCCCUAUCCUGACGGUGAUCCGCACGGACGAGAACCACUCUGUCUUGUCCAGUGACGUCACUGUGGCCUACUACCUGCCCACAGAAUACCAAGCCCAGCCACCCCAGCCUUCUGACACAGAAAUAAGUAUUGAGGAAUGGCCUGCCACUAUUGUAUACACAAGGUAGUAGUUUGCAAUUAUUUUGUGCUGCCUGAUACAUUUUAUGACAAUACAAUAUGGAUACGUUAACAUCAAAAUGUAUUACUGGAGCCACUGUCAGUUUGAAGCAUGAACAAAGUUCAGUUUCAAGCAAAUUGUUUCGGCCUGCAGUUAGUUAGCUACUCUAUUGGACACAAACAUUUGUUAAGUCAGUCACAAGAGACUAACUAGCUAAAGUUAUUUACAUUAUUUCAGUCAGUUAGCCACCACGCCAACACUUUUUUGCUAGACAUUAUGCUUCCAAAAAUGACAGUGGCUCCAGUUGUUUCCAUUUAGCCUAUUGUGAUUCACUUUCAUAGCAUAUUGGACAAUCUCAAAGCAGAGUCUAUUCAAAAGCCUCAUGGGAAUUUAAACAGCAGAAUGAGUAGGGAGGUUAAAAUACCUUCAAAAACGCACACCUCCACUACUUGAAUCAAAUCUCAUUCGAUUCCUAUGUGCCCCUUUCUCGCUCCAGGGCCUUCGCUGGCGCCACGAACGAGGUGACCAUCAUCAACGAGAUCCGCACCAUGGCGGAAGUGCUCGACUCCCCCGCCGUAUGCGUGAAUUGCUCAUUCAUCGUCGCCGGCUACACCAACCCCGCAGCGGCAAAUCGACAGAAUGAGAUUUGGUUCCUGGAGCGACCUUGA